UUCUAUGUUGCAAUUUGCAACAUGUUUUGCACUUUAUUAGCAAGAGAACUAUGUAACUAUUAUCUCGGCAUGUAUAAGAUGACAUUUUUUUUUAAAAAAAGAUCAUAUCGCACUCGAUGUAUAUACUCGAAUAAAACACAUAAACUAUUCAGGCUGAGAAAGGACAGGUAGGCCUGCGCAGACAUCGAGCGACAAAUUGUCUCAAGAAUGUUUUUCUGUGAGAAAUAUAAUGACGGUAAAUAUUUUUCUCUCGACGCCAAUUUUAUCGAUCGUGUAAUCGCCCCUUCGCUUUCCGAGCCGAAGACAUGAAAUUACGAGUGUUUCGACUACAUGAUAUUUUGUCUACCACCUUACAUUAUCACUUAUACUGAAUUAGGCAAUUUACGCUAUAAUUUACAUUAAGAGUCGGAAAUUAUUAUAAUAUACUCGGUUCUAUCGACCCUUCGAAAAGGGGGGAUACGCGACCCUUCGUCAACCUUCUUUCAGUCAGACGUGUCUCGACUCUCGCAAAGUGAUGAUCUGUAUAAAGACUCGGCAUUUUAGCUUGCAUCGGAUUCUUUUGCUCGCGAUUGGCUUAUGGCCUUGUCAGCGAUCAAGGCUUGCUCAAUUUCAACUAAUUUUGUUUUUUGGUAUCCUGAUUAGUUUUAUUAUAUGUCAGUUUACAAUAAUUGUUACUGCAGAAUUCACUCUUGAUCUUGUCAUUAACGUUCUCUCUGUAGGAUUGUUUUUUAUUAUGUUGGCGAUUACGUACAAUUCUUUUGGGCUUAAUUUUGCUGAGAUGGUAAAAUAUCCCUUGGAGGAUCUUCAGCAGAUUUGUAACGGAUUAAAAGAUGAAAAAGAAAUUGCUAUUAUGAAAAAGUACGGGGACAAUUUGAAACGUUAUACUCUUACUAUUACGUUAUUUUAUAUAUGCAGUCUAAUUAUUAUUUUGCCAAUUAUUUCAUUGCCAAUCAUAUCGCGGAUUUUUGGCUUUGCUCUGCAUAUAAAUGAGUCUCAAUCACGUCGUAUAUUAUAUAAAUGUCUGCCUAAGUAUUUAGUCGACCAAGAAAACUAUUUAUAUUUAAUUUCGCUGUACGCGGAUGCAUCAAUAUUUAUUGGAGGGACUGCAAUGGUUGCAACAGGAAUGAUGCUCAUUGCGUAUCUUAAACAUGCUUGUGGAAUGUUAAAAAUUGCAAGUUAUCGCAUAGAGAAAGCAAUAAAUAUGCAGAACAAUGUUUGCCCAAAAAACGAAACUGCAAUGUAUAAAGGAAUAAUUUAUGCCAUAGAUAUUCAUCGUAUAGCUAUGAAGUUCUCCACAUUUUUAUUUUCCUAUCUUCAUUUAUCACAUUUCUUUUUAAUAAUAGUCGGUGUGAUUUGUUUGAGUCUGAAUCUUUACGCAAUAUCUGAGAUGGUGUUGCAUGGAGGCAACGUCGACCAGUUUCUGCUUCAUUUUCUAAUUGUAACUGUCAUUUUUUUAUACUUAUUUUUUGCUAACUAUGCCGGUCAAGAACUUACGGAUCACAAUAACGACGUAUUUUUCACCGUAUACAAUGUUCAAUGGUACGCAGCACCUUUGCAUAUACAAAGGUUGAUACUGUUUCUCUUGCAAAGGGGUAGCAAAGCUGUAAAUCUGAAUCUUGGCGGCGUGUCUGUAUUAUCUUUACAGUUUUUCGCCACGUUAACGAAGGCGUCGAUAUCCUACUUUACCGUUAUGUAUUCUACGCAGCAAUAAUGCAGAUAUAAGUCAUCCGAUAAUAUAUGUAUAAUAGUAGCAUAAGUAAAUAUAAAAUGCAAAUGCCCGAUUUCUUUGCUGUUAUAACAGCGCUAAUAUUGUUUUCUAUGCAUUGCACCGCUUGAAUGAUCGAAAAACAAUCUCAUAUAGUUACUUAAUUUCAGUUAUUUAAUAGUAUAUAGUAAAUAUAUAAAUAUAUAAAUACAUAUA